GUUCCAGGCACCUCGUGGUGAGCUUCGGAGUUUAAAGUUUGUUCUGUACACUCAAGAAAUUUGUGAAGCUAGCAAAGCAGCUCGAAGGAGGUCGAUUGGCGGGCCUAGUACCACGCCCUCUGUGUUUGAUCCUGUUGAGGGAUUGACAGAUUUUGGAAGUAGGGGCCUCUCACAGAAGCAUGGCAGCAAAUGGCGGGGCUGAGGACAUGGAGAAGGUUGACACUGGACCCCAUGAUUCUCAAGAGGAUGCCAUCAGCGACUGGAGCUCAGAGGAUGAGAGCCCCAUCUCUCCUCUGCAGCCCCAAACAAACACCUUAGACAGCAAUCAAGCAUGGCAGCCGCUCGCCUCUGUCGGGGGCGAGGAAGCGGGGGGUGUGCAGAACGGUGGUGGCCGAGAGUUUGGUAUCGCUGAGCUGAGCAACAUGACGGUGGAGGAGCUUGGCAGGCGGCUGGCAGCGGGAGACACUCUGGCCGUAAGUGGGGAGCAGUUGCUGAAUUAUCAGCCGGAUGCAGGCGGUGCGAAUGGGCCCCAGGUCGGGGAAAUGACGCCGGACGAGGAGGAAGAAGAGGAAAGAAGGAUAGCACAGCAGGAGGCGGCAAUUGCGGAAGCGAACGCAAGGGAGGAAGAGCGGAGGCGAGCGCCGUUGCCAGAGGAGAAAAAGGAGGCGAUUGUGAGCGCAAUGAAAGGUUUUACGUUGAAGGGGUACAAGCCGCAGUGGGCGGCGCAAGUUCCGGACGAUGAGCUCGUUGCAAAAGUGAAACGGAGAAGCGGCAUGGAGAGUUGAGUGGCUGGCCUGCUGUGAGGCGUUGUUUGAUAUGCUAUCUUAAAACUUUUCUGAGAAGGUAAAAGCAGGUACACCGACAAAUCUGUUUACAUUCGUCACGUAUGGCAACUAUUCUCAGGGCUCCGCAUCAAAUGAGGUCAUGUUUGUGACCUAGCUAAAGUGAAGCUGAGUGGUUUUGGAGGGUGUAACGGUUUUGCGCAUCCUGACAUUUACAGGCUUCUUGUAUAUUGUAGUGUGACAAGUUUGUGCCAUACUUAAAACGAUCCCGGAUUAGUUAGGGGGGCCUUAGGGCUAUGAGCUCAAGUGGAUGAUAGGCAGCUGCGCGUGAAAGUUACUAAUCACACCUCAUCCGGGGUGGAUUAUUGCACAGCAAGUCAAGUGAGCAGCAGCUGUAGGCCCAGCUUGUGGUCAUGCAGACAAACUGUACGACACGAAAGAAGCAGACAUAUCUUCCAACACCCAAUGAUCAUGGGCC